AUGUCGCUUCAUUUCAUUAAACUCGUACUGGGAAACAAGAACUACAAAGACAAAGCUUCUACUCAAGGAUGUGCUGAUGUUGCGGACUUUAAAGGUGCUAUCAAAAACAAGUAUCCUCACUUGCUCAACUCCUAUGACGCUGCUCAACUCGUUCUCUUCCAACCUGAUGGAGUCACUGAAAUUGAUCCUGGGGAGGUCAUUGAAAAGUUAAACGAGUUUGCUGUUGGUCCUUGGAAUCCUUUGGUGGUGACAGUGGAGGAAUUACCCAUACCAGCUCCCAUUGGCAGUUCCAAAAAACAACUCACUUACAAGGGAAUGAGCACUGAAGCUUCCUGUAGAAAGUAUUUGAAUGCUAUCGCAAACGAAAUCUUUGUCAUCUACGAUUUUGACAAAGCUUACAAGAAACCUACAAUGGAUGACUUACUUGCAGCGAAAGACGGACAACUUGGCCAACCGAGUGUACCAACAAAAUUAGCCUGGUGGGACUAUAGGAAGAAUGGUGGACAACAACUCACUACUACACCUCUUCUCUGUUUUCGCACUCUGAAUGCUGAUACUACGAAAAGAAUACACGAUGCUAAAUUACCACAGACCAGCACUCGGAAACCUUUUGUCAUUAUUCCUCAUUCAAAAUUUACAACCGAGUACGUGGGGAGCUUGAAGCGUAUCGCAGCGAUUGCUGAUGUUGUAUUUGAACAAGAUGACCUGGUCGUGAAGGAUGAAUCGGACCUUUCGGGAAGCUCAAGCUCUAAAUCUGGGUCACCCGACAAGGACAAGAAAUUGUAG